AUGGACAACAAAUUGAAACAAAUCACAAUUAUGGAGGCGAUGGGAAGAAUGAAACUCAACCAAGCGGAGACUGACUUGCCACAAACGGGAGAGUCGCCAGUUUGCAGUGGCUAUUUGCAUCGCGAUCUGAAGCCAUCAAAUUUUGCGAUUGGCUUCGAGCCAGAUUUCCACAAGAUCUACAUCAUCGAUUUUGGUUUGAGUCGCCAGUUUAAUCGACGACAAAGAGCUUCGCAACACGACAAAGAGCUUUCGCGUAGUAUAGCCCCAUUCCGUGAAACAGCUCGUUACGCUUCAUUGGACGCUCACCGAAACGUGGAACAGAGUCGUCACGAUGAUUUUGGAGGGAUGGCUGUACAUGGCAUACUCGAGAAUCCUCAAAUAAAUCGACUCGCUCACCUACGUGGACAUUCCCGACUACGACUACGUGUGGAAAUGCUGGAAAUGGUGGAAAUGGAAAUGCUUGACUUGGCCAAAGAGGAUAACGGCGUGAUGUACAUUGAUCCGCUCGACUGGGACUUGACGCAUUGCUAUACGGGACCCAAAUAUAAGAUAACGGCG